AGAGCAUGACAAGCAAACAUGCUGCUUCUGGCAGCAAAUGUGGCAACAGCCACUUGGUCUUAUGGAAUUGCACAAAAAGUUCCCUUGCAGAUCCCUCUGUCCACCACUAAGUCAAAAGGAAGUGUACGCCUGUUAUGUCACUUUAAAGGCGUCUCUGGAUUUUCUGACAGCACCAUCAUUCACUGGUAUCAACAGAAGGCAAAUAAAGCUCCAGAGAGGAUGCCCUAUUUUUCAAGAACAGAAACAGUAGAUGAGGGCACCCAGGCUGAAAAAUUUUCUAACCAGAAACUGUAUAUUCUUACAAUAAAGAAUGUCAUUCCAGAGGACACUGCUACCUACUAUUGUGCCUACUGGCAUGAUGAUUCAUAUCACAAGGUGUUUGGCUCUGGAACAAAACUCAUUGUAUCAGACAAAGGAAGCUCUGAACCAGCACACACUGAAAUCCUGCAGACGGAACAUCAAAAUCAGUUAACAUACCUUUGCCUUAUUGAGAAAUUCUACCCAGAAGUUAUUCGGCUGACAUGGACUGAUGGAGAAAAAGAGAUAACAGACAAUGUAGUCAAAGGAGGCGUUUGGAAGUCUGCAGAAGAGGAUGAAUACUCAAUUGGUAGCUGGUUAACUGUACCAGCAGAAAACAAAGACAAGAACUACUACUGCAAAUAUCAGCAUGAAAGCAAAGAGGCAUCACUGCCAACACAAGAUGAUAGAAAGAAAACUCCUAAGGAAGAGAACUGCAGCAACAGCACAUAUCCUGGUUUUAUUAGAGAUCACUUAAUGCCCAGGACAGCAUAUUUAGUGUACAUCAUCCUUCUUCUGAAGAGCUCCAUGUACUAUCUCAUCGUACUCUUCUUCAUCUACAGAAUGUGGGCUUCAACCAAAAAACAAGAAAACAAAGCAUAAAUACUGGUUCAGGAAAGGCUUACAAAACAGUCUUCAAUUUGCUCUUCUAUAUGCUUGUCCAUAUACACUCCUCUGCUUUCACUGUUAGAUGUAACAACAAAACAAAAAAAAUCCCAAAAUAAUUUUCUGGCAUUAGUGUACAGGGCUUGUUUUGCUUUACUGCAACUGUUUUUAUAUCAUCCUGGAUUUCUGAGCAUUCAGCUGAGGUGAGCAAUAGGAGUAAGGUUACUUUGCUUGGAUUUUAAAACCAAAGUUCAUCUUGCAAAAUGAGGAAGGUACUCAGGUUAAAAGUUGUUAUGCAUGCAGAAUUCUUGAGGUGUAAUGGGGCUUUUGACAUAUAGUGCAUACAGAUGCACUUUGUUAUGGUGCUUAAAGCUUUAUUAGGAGCAUUCCUGUGCUGUAAAUUCACAGGUAUUUGUUAUUUUUACUUUCAGUGAUUUAUUACCACACUCAUGUAUCCAUCAAAUCAUGAUUAAAUAUUCCAAACUGAUGUGUGCUGCAAGAGUCAAACAUAAUUUUUAAAAGCUAACAAUAUUUUUUUAAUUAAGAAGUUAGAUGAACAUAAAGGCAAUUCUAAGGCACACACAUAUAGAAAUUAAAGAAAUCCACGAGGCCCCACACCAGCACUGUGACAGAAACUGACAACUUGCACAUUGAUAUUUUUUAAGAAAGUAAACAACUGUAAUGAUCACAAACAUCAUCUUGUUUAGAGUUACCUUGUUAAGUCGAGCAAAGCCUUAAAUCUGAAGAUUUGCUAGAGAAAGGUUUUUCACAACAGAGGAAAAAUUCUCUGAUGGUGGACUUUAACUCUUUAUCUCCAAGUUCCACAAAUCAGUUCCUUUCAAAUUUCUGUGGAAAAAUCAGAAGUAGAUAGAUAUAUUGGGGCAAAGCAUUUGCUCAGCUUGGGGCAAAACCCUGCAAUAAGUUUGGAGUUAAGUGUCUACAGCAUCUACACUCACUGUAUUUGUAAUGAUGUGGAGGGCAAUAAAAGCCUUCCUACAGGUGCAUUUGGGAGGUCUGUGUUUGUCCUCCAACAUUUCCACAGCAUGUACCACGAUGCCUAGAAAAUCUGAUUAAUUUCUUUGUGCAUAUAAACACCUUAGGAAAUCAAAGAUCGUUGAAACCACUGAUUUUCUGCUUUUUAAUGUAUUAAACAGGAACAUUUCUACACAGAACAAUAAAAGCAAGCUUGUUACAUCUUUUCUGUUGAUAGGGCUAAGCCAAACCAAGGCAAAAUGCAGCGCAGUUAUAACUGAAAUGCCUUGUAGGACUCAUGCUGUCUCAAGGGAAGGAGAACAAGUCAGGCUUAGUUCUAACAACUACAGCUAUUUUACUAAUGGCAUAUCUUGCAAGUUAUUUUGUAAUCUGCAUACUGAAACCAAUGCAACAAAUUCCUGCCUUCAAUGUCAUGUUACUCUCCAAUGCGAAGAAAGACAUGUCUAGUCUUUAGUCAAACUCUCUUUGAGAAACAGUUGCUAUCUCAUGCUAUUAUUUGUUACGGCUUGGUUCCAAUCAAAGUGAAAUAAAAUAUCUACUAAAGUAUUUCUGGAAUGCAAUUACUGUAGAUUUCAGUAGCAUCAUCGGUAUUACUGUCCCAGUCUCCCCUAUCUU